CACCUUGUUGGGAGUCGGGUGAGCUCAGUGUGUGUGUAUGAGCUGAGCUAUACUUCCAACGGGUCUGGUGUCCUACACUGUUGCCUAGGAAGGCGUCUCAGAAGUUUUUGAGACAACAGCCGCUAACUUCCUCUUGGGCAGUAGCCUACAGCGCGAGAGUUUACUGAGACUGAGACACAGAAGCGCAUCACUGAUGGAGAAACCGGUGUGAAGCGACUUCAGUAAUUCUACAUCUCGGUCAGCUAGCGAGAUCUUGUGAAUAAAGAAAUAUACUUCUCGUGUGGAUUGCGACUGAAGUGGCCUCAACAUGGGCUGUGUGGGGACCAAACCGGAGCAGGAUCCUAUCGGGAAAUCGAUGGGCAAUAAUGACAGCUCCAACCAGACAGCACAUUACACCAAAGACCCCACGGCAGGGUCCAAAGCUAACAAAAGCCUCUCCAACCCUACUUCCGGUCCAGAGACUUCAGACAACAUUGCCAUAGCUCUGUAUGACUAUGAAGCUAUGCAUGAAGGUGACCUGGGCUUCAGGAAAGGAGAAAGACUCAGAAUCCUUCAGGAGUCAGGGGAAUGGUGGAAAGCAGCAUCUAUCAGCACUGGGGAGGAGGGCUUCAUCCCCAGUAACUAUGUGGCCAAGGAUACUCUGGAAACUGAAGAUUGGUUUUUUAAAGGUGUCAGCAGAAAGGAUGCAGAGAGACAGCUACUGGCAUCUGGAAACAAAACAGGAUCUUUUAUGAUCAGAGACAGUGAGACCACCCAGGGAAGCUACUCUCUGUCUGUCAGAGACUCCGACCCAACAGGAGACACUGUGAAGCAUUAUAAGAUCCGCACGCUGGAUAAUGGCGGUUUCUAUAUUUCCCCACGCAUCACCUUCAACACCCUGCAGGAUCUGGUCAGCCACUACAAGAAGCAAAGCGAUGGGCUGUGCCAGUCUCUCACUGUUCCCUGUCUGAGUCCCAAACCUGAGAAACCUUGGGAGAAAGAUGCCUGGGAGAUCCCACGUGAGUCCCUCAAACUGGACAAACGUCUGGGAGCAGGCCAGUUUGGAGAGGUCUGGAUGGCAAUAUACAACAAGCACACAAAAGUGGCAGUGAAGACUAUGAAGCCUGGCACUAUGUCUGUUGAAGCUUUCCUAAUGGAGGCCAACUUAAUGAAAUCCCUCCAGCACGACAAACUGGUCCGUCUCAACGCUGUGGUCACCAAAGAGGAGCCCAUAUACAUCAUUACAGAGUUCAUGGAGAAAGGCAGUUUACUGGACUUCAUUAAAACCGAUGAAGGCAAUCGUCUCCAGUUGCCCAAACUGAUCGACUUCUCAGCACAGAUAGCAGAAGGCAUGGCUUACAUUGAGCAGAAAAACUACAUUCACAGAGACCUUCGUGCUGCCAACAUCCUGGUCAACAAGAGUUUAGUGUGUAAGAUCGCUGAUUUCGGACUGGCCCGUAUCAUAGAGGACAACGAAUACACUGCCAGAGAAGGUGCAAAGUUCCCUAUAAAAUGGACCGCUCCAGAGGCCAUAAACUUCGGCUCCUUCACCAUUAAAUCAGAUGUCUGGUCUUUUGGCAUUCUGUGCACUGAAAUCAUUAGUUAUGGUCGCACACCAUAUCCAGGUAUGACAAAUCCCGAGGUGAUCCGUGCCCUGGAGAAAGGUUACCGUAUGCAGCGUCUGGACUCCUGCCCUCAAGAGCUCUAUGACAUCAUGCUGGAGUGCUGGAAGAACAAGCCAGAGGACAGGCCCACCUUUGAGUACCUGCAGAGUAUACUGGAGGACUUUUACACUGCCACAGAGAGCCAGUAUCAGCAACAGCCUUGAGACACACACACACACACACUUUGACAUGACUUUGAUUUUGCAUAAAUCCCUUCUAUCAGGAACUGUCAAAGAAAUGCCCCCAAUACAUAUGCAACCCGCCAACCUGUUGACUUUAUACGUGUGUAGUGAAAUCAAGUGUGAACAGUUAUAGUGUGUUAUUUAAUGACAUGUAGCUGAAUACAAUUUCAAGAUCUCGGUAAUAGCAGUUUUAUUCCUAUCAUGCAGAGCCCUUUGCCUUACACUGAGUGUUGCACAAUAGAAGCUAUAUCAUAAUAUAAUUGUAUUCUAAAAUGUUAGAAACAAUAUUUCUUUUUUUUAUUUGACAACUUCUCUGAUGUAUUUGUACAGACCUGAUGACAGAUGUGUUUUAGAGCUAAUCGUGUGUGCAUGUGAAUUGUAAUUGAGAGUGCACAUAGGAGCAUUAAAAUAAAUUGUGGUUUUGAUUGCUUAUGAGAGGAUUAUUUCUAAAACUUCAGCCUACAUUAGGUUUCAAAGAUCUUAUUAUCAAACGUAUAUUUAAUCUGAAAACAAAUUAACAUUUUAAGAAGAAGAAAAAAAAGCAUCUGUACCUAAGGUAGUCAUAAAUAUUUCUUGAAGUCUGUGGGUUGUUAUUUUUAUGCUAUUGUAAAUGUAUUCGGUUUUUAUCACUUUUUUCGGAAUUUCGGGUUUGGUACUUUUCAAAGCCUGAAGCUUUUGCUCAAUGGAUAUGUAUCUUUGGAUAAGAAUGUAUCUUUAUGAAUUUUUGUGCAAUAAUAGUAAAGGAUUUAUGUGACAUUCUUUUCUUU